UCUCGCGCGCUUUUUGCAAACAUUGGCCGGUCGAAGUUGCGCACUGCAAAUUUUCCGGAUUUUUAUUAUUUUUGAAGAAAAAACGUAUAAACGUGAUAUUUUAUUAACCUGUUUACCGGGCCUUUGUUAAAAACACUAAUGCUAAAGUCGCAAAUGAUCCGUACCGAAUAAUUAUGAAGAUUUUUGCUACUUUGUUGAUUGUUGGCGUAUUUGGAGCUCUAGGCCGUCGCACGGACAUAGACAUCAACAGAGUUAAACAGAUCUCAAAUCAAGUGCCACUCGAAAAGUUGCAAGAAAAUACAAUACUAAGGAGCAAUGAUUAUGACGAUCAUAGCAGCUGGUACCAGCGCGCGCCGGUACCCCCUACUUAUGCCGCAGAAACCUCCAAGACUCCGGUCAAAGUCCACCAACCACGCGAAGACCCGCGACUGUACUACCAGUCUGAUGCGUAUCUUAACGAGCAUGUUAGGGAAAAAGUGAAUGAAGAGGUGACUUUCGUGUAUCCUGGCAGAGAUGUCGUGCGAGCUGGUGAACGGGCGGAGCUUUCUCGAAUACGGUCUAAAGACGUGGACAGUUUUGCUGCUCAGGCUCACGAUGUUAGCAUAUGUGUAAAAUGCCCACAUGACCUAACAUUGGUAGCAAAAGCGUCAUCAGGACGAGUCGUGCUGCAGAGCCCAACUCUUCGAGCAUGCUCGGGACGGAAAGCAUCAAGAAAUGCAAGAUUUGUGCACAUGUACGGACCGAAGAUUGGCUCUUUGCUGGAACAAGGGUCUCACAUGAUCGUUGGUCGGAUAAUGUAUAAAAACAAGAAUCUCCAGCUAUGUAAAAUGCAGGUGCACGUCGUCACCCAAGGUUGUGUGACACCGAAGCACUUGGUAGCCCACUGCUGGGACCAGAACAAGCAAUGUAACUUCACUUGCGCCAACAAACACCUCGAGCUGAGUGGGCCGACGACGCAAGUGUGUGGGGACGGUCUGCGGUGGAAAGGAGACCUUCCGGUUUGCAAAGCCAAGACAUGGUGCGAGUUUCCCCCGCCGCCCGAGCGAGGACGCGUCAGCUGCCAAGGCGCUACAGUUGGCAACGGCAAAGGACUUGCGGAAGGCUCACGCUGCCGUGUCAAGUGUAUGCGCGGCUUUAGAAGCACACGCGUGACGCCUGUUUGCCGCCGAGGCUCUUGGACGCACGCUCUCACCUGUGGGCUAAUUCGAAAAAGGAAUAUCAAGCAAUCUUAGAUUUAAUCUAGUAAAUUUAACCAAAUUACUUAUUAUUACAUUGUGCAAACUUAAACCUGAUGUAAUUAAGUAAUUAAUAAGAAAUGCAUUCAUAUUUCCUCCAUGUACUACAGUUUGUUCUGGUUCUGACGUAGAAGAGUCGACUCUUCUCUUUCCGCACAGACUCUAACACAUCAACUCUGGGAUUUUGUUCAGGUUUGUAUUUAUAUAAAAAUUUGGAAAUAAAAUAAAAAUACAUUAAUACUGA